UGCUUUUCAUCUUCAGCAAAUCCCCUUCCUUUUACCUUUAAUUCCAUGUUAUAUCCGCAUUUCUGAUUCAAUUGGCGAGCGAGCCACCGAUAUUCUGAUGGAGGCUACGAAGGAGUCAAGUCAAGCGGGUCACAGAAUCGAAGGAGGUGAAUCUGUCGCGAAUAACGGUCUGAAAGAUACGCGAAACAAUGCAUCUGUUGAGAAACCUCCAGACAAGGCUCCCAAUACGAUCAGUCCAAUACGACUCGCUAUGAAGGUCAAAUCUUGGGGGAAAGAUAGCAAAACAGCAUCCAGAGUCCCAUUUCCUAUGAGCGAAAGUGCUGAAGAGGCAUUCGAGCCAGCUUCUGAAGUCCAAAGAAGUAGUACCGACAAAAGCAUGGACAGAAGGUUGUCGACAUACUCCAGAAAGAGAACGGAUACAAGAGCCGUCUUACGAGUUCUCGAAUCGAUAGAACUGCAACUGUCCAAGACAGAAAUCGAUCAGAAAUAUAAAGAAUAUUUAAUUGAACGCCGUCGAUUGCUCCUGGGUGCAGCUACUCGAAGAACACAGCAUCAAAUACAGCCAGUACAGGCAGAGAAUUUGUGGCAACGUCUAGAAACGAUAUUCAAUACUUUCCACUCCAUUGAGAAUGACCUCACCGCUGGUCAGGAGGAUGUUGGUUAUCGUCAACAUCUAUUUGAGAGAGGGUUGUUGCUCGAUGCCAUCCCUCCACAAUAUCUUCAACAUUUAGAGAGUAUUCGGAAAUCUAUUUUGAUGAGCGACCCUCCUAGCGACCCCUGGAUUAAAGAAUGUAGCGAUCGAAGACUGACGAAUUCUAAUUAUAGUAAGCGCUACCUGAUGGAAAGAUGGGGUGGCGUGACGUCAGGGAAGGUUGACAAAUUAAUGAGAGACAGAGCAGACCUGGUCUCCUUUGGCAAGCGAGCAUCGAUCAUAGAAUUUUCUAACCGCAGAGGCGUAAUAUUUCAAGGAAUUCCUCCAAUCCCACCAAGUCGUAUAAGACCGAAAGUUUCCGAGGUAAUACAGUCGGACAGUUUAUAUAUAAAACAACGCGCAGGACUUCGCUGGAUUCAUUUACCGGCGAAUAACAUGUCCUGGGUCGAAGUAAGACAUCGUGGACCCCCCUUUCGAGCAAUAUUCCUUGGCUGACAAUCGAAGAAUCUCAUGGAAAGUCUAUCAAGAAAUAUUUCAGGCGACGACGAAAGUGGGGACCCCGUCCUUUCCGAUUGUGUGCUGAACUACAAGUACUGGUCUGGCGGCCAAAAUUCAUAUAGCGCUUUUUCCAAAGCACCAUUCGACCACCAACGAACACCCCACCAUGCACGCUUUAUGCGACCAAUAUGCAUGGGGCUUCCCACUCACCUUGGAGCCGACGAUGACGACGAGAGAACUGACAUGGCAUUUUUCAUGCCCUAUCUUCACUGGGAGACGGAUGUUGCUCGUCUUCACACUCACUAUAUCAUCAACGACGUAGAUACGCAACUUUCAAAUCCCAACAUAUCCAACUUGACAGAUGAAGAGAUAGCGAGAUUGCCUUGUGAUAUCGAGGAAAAGUUGCUUCGGAAGUACCUCCAUCAUCCAUCCCCGUUACAUAUUCGACGAACCCUGGAUCAAGCAUAUUACUGA